GACCCGGACCGGGAGAAAGGGAUCUCGCCAUGGAGCUCACCGGUGCAGCUGCCCUCCGGCGAACGCUCGCGUCGGCUUCCCUGGCGGUGGUCCCCGGGCAGAGAUGGAGGAGGCAGGCGCCGUCCAGGGUGGCCUGCGUCGGCCGCGGCUGUGGGGUAUUCGCCGACGAAGCGCACCUCAGGUACUACGAGGGGGAGCCUCGGAAGGCGGUGGAGGCGGCGGCGAGGGACCUUUCGAAGCUCCGGGCUAUGGGCCUCGUCGCCGGCGACGCGGCCAAGGAGAAGAUCCUCUCCGAAGCCACCGAGCUGCUGCUGCAGGAGCUGAGUCAGAUGAAGGAUGCAGAGGACGAGCUGAAGAAGAAGCAGAAAGAGGAGAAGGCCGCGAUGAAAGCACUGAAGAAGCAGCAGAAGGAAGCGAAAAAAGCCGCAAUGAAAUGUGGAGAUGGCUCCUCUGAAUCAAGUGAGAGUGAUUGUGAUGAGGACCAAUCCAUGAAAAUGGGAUGUGUUGCCACCUCGUCGAUGCCCGGAGUUGAGCAAGGAAUGGUGAUGGCAAUGUCGGUGCCCCAAAUUGCUGCUGUCCCAGCAAUGGACUUUGACAAAGCUGCGAUGAAGGCCAUCAAGAAGAGGGAGAAGGAACAAAAGAAAGCGGCAAAGAAGGCCUUAAAGAUGAAAAAGGAGGAAGAGAAGAGGAUGGCCACACUUAAUUCCUGCAUGGACGAAGAUAGCUCCUCGUGCUCGUCGGAAUCCAGCAACAGCGAGUGCGAGGGGGGAGUGCUCAAAAUGAGCCGCUGUGCCACCAUAACGGCACCACCUGCAAGCUCAGUUUUCCCCAUCAUAGUGCCUCAAAUCCCAGAAUCUGUUGCACCAGAUGCUCAGAUCCCUUUCGGGGCUGCGAAUUCCACACAGUGCACCACCAGCAUCAGCACCACUCUUGUCAAAUUACCACCGAACAGAAUUGAGGUUUGCGUGGGUGGCAAAUGCAAGAAGUCAGGCUCUCUUGCUGUCCUGCAGGGGUUUGAGGACAAGUUGGGCACCAGUGGCACGGUAGUCAGAUGCAAAUGCCUGGGCAAGUGCGGAGAAGGCCCGAACGUUCGACUGCAGAGCGACGGCUCUGUAGGGAAGGAUGGUGUCAUCUGCACUGGUGUAGACUUGGUUGAUGUUGGCGACAUAGCCGCAAACUUAGUAGCAUGGGGCGGACUGAGCAUAUAAACUGAUGAUGGUCAUCUAGACCUGGUUCAAUCUGUACUUACAGACGUGUACUGCUACUUCCUCACAAUAAUAUGUUGUAGAUAAUCACACCCGACGAGCUGUUGUAUAUUUUCUGAGCUUAAUGAGCUGAUGAUGUUUACUA